AUGGAGAAUUCCACCGUAAUGCCCGUUCCCGUCGCCUACAACGAUAUGGGCGCCGAGGCGUCGCUGCGGGACCACGUCGGCUGGGUGUGGUACCAGAAGAACGAGUUUAUUCCGGAUCGCGACAAGGAUCUGCGCAUCUUCCUGACCUUCGAAUCGGCGCAGUACUACGCUGUAGUGUACUUCAACAGCAAGCUGAUCGGCGAGCACGAGGGUGGGCAUCUACCAUUUUCCUUCGAGGUCACUGAGCAUGUCAAAUUCGGCGCCGACAACAGGGUUACGGUGGCCGUCAACAACACGCUAUCGUACUCGACAAUUCCGGAAGCCGAAUUCCAGUACAAGGCGAGGAAGGAGAUGGCUUUUGGGGGAAUCAGGACGGUGUAUCUGGAGAAGAAGCCCAAGAUUCAUAUCGAUGACAUUCGGGUGGUGUCGGAUCAUGUUGGAGCCAUUUUCUGGAAAAUCGUGCUCGACGGCUGCAGCAGUGGAUGCGCUGCGAAAGUUCGUGUUUUGGAUGCCGAUGGAAAUGAGGUUAUGAAAGCCGCUGGACUGACCGGUAGUGGCCAGGUUAAGAACCCGAAGAUGUGGUGGCCGAGAGGAAUGGGUUAUGCGAAUUUGUAUACAUUCCGAGUGGAAAUCUCGUCGCCAGAUGGACAAAUCGUUGAUCAAUACGACGAGGAAUUCGGGUUCCGCUCCGUUACUUACGACAAUCAUCAGAUGUACAUCAACAACAAGCCGUUCUACUGUAUUGGGUUUGGAAUGCACGAAGAUUCCGAGAUCCACGGUCGCGGCUACGACGGGGCGGUGAUGACAAAGGAUUUGAAUCUUUUCGAAUGGGUUGGAGCCAACUGCUACCGUACCUCGCACUACCCCUACGCACAGGAAAGGAUCAGGGAAUCGGAUCGUCGCGGAAUCGCUGUGAUUUUGGAGACGCCGGCUGUCGGGUUGAAAGUCUUCACUGACCACAAUCUAAAACUGCACAAGCAGAUCGUGACCGAGAUGAUCAUGAGGGACAAGAAUCAUCCAUCUGUGAUCAUGUGGAGUUUGUCCAACGAGCCCCACACCGAGCGGAAGGAGUCGAGGAAUUACUUCAAAACACUUGUCGAUCUGGCCCACGACUUGGACCAAACCCGCCCUGUCACGAUUGUUUACGGACCUUCACACUGGGAAGAUGAUCAAACGGCCGAUCUCAUCGACGUGGUAUGCCUGAAUCGCUACUGGGGCUGGUAUGACGAUAUGGGGUAUCUGGAGACGGUUAAUCAAUCGGUCGUUUUCGACUACACGAUGUGGUACGAGAAGUUCAAGAAGGCCAUGAUUAUGACGGAAUAUGGAGCUGAUAGUAUCGUGGGGCUGAAUCAGCAACCAGCCGUCGACUUCUCCGAACAAUACCAAAAUGAGCUGAUCCGCGAAACGCACAAGGCGCUUGAUCAUCUACGGAAGGCCAAGAUUCUGACGGGAGAGAUGAUUUGGAACUUUGCCGAUUUUAUGACGGCACCAGCCGCGCUACGCGCUGUCGGGAACCACAAAGGAAUUUUUACGCGAACUCGUCAAGCCAAACAAGCGGCUUAUACUUUGAGGGAUCGCUACCUGAAACUCCUGCCACAAGUC